AAUGAAAGUGAAUUACCGUUAUGGGAAACGUGUUUGGCUGACUUUUACGGCUCGUCGGAAUUUAUAGUUAACCAUAGAUCAUUACCACGACUCGAUCGUGUUGUUGCUGAAAAAAUCCUAAAAGCUAAAGAGCUUCCCGAAACCAAGGAACUUAUUGAAGACCUUCGAAUACCAUACGAACGGGCAUACGACGGAAAAUAUGGAAAAUCUAUUUAUAAGGCUGGUGAGAAAGCCGGAUUAGCUUCUUCUGAGAGAAAAAAUCGUCACAGGACUUUGUCGAACACUGAACCGAUCCAACGAAAAGCGAUCGGAAAAAAGGGAGACGCAUACAUUAGAACUAUUGGGUCGACAUCAACGGACUGGGGGGCAUCAGAAGCAGGUCAUAAGUGGGAAGGUACGUCUGGUACUAAGCUAAUAAAAGAAUUGGGGCUAACCUUGCCGAGAACUCUCAAAGAUAUUUUAAUCCAUCUUGCUGGAAAGAUUCAUUUUGCUGAAGAAAAGCUGAGGAAGCUGAACAUAGUCGGCUUCGCUCACGCAGAUCCACUUGAAGUUUAUGCUGAUGCAAAUAACUUUAGUAAAUCCUUGGACGUGCUGAUCGAGAUAAUAUGUGGCAAGAUGGAAACAACGGGUAAAGUCAGAGAGUUCGGAUGUUUCUAUAACAAUACCCGACGUUCAUCCAUCACCGAAGAAAUGGAGAAUGGUACAGGUUCCGAG